AUGUCUUAUGCACCAGCUCCAGCUGCAACACAAACGUAUACAGUUGAAAUACAACAUGUAGCUGCAGCACCUGCGGCACCACCUCCACCACCUCCACCUCCACCCGCAGCUGUGGAACCAGCUCAAGUUAUUGCUCCAGCUGUUGCAGCUGCAGCAGCUUCAGAUGAAUGUGGCGGAACAACAGGAAGGACGCGUAUUGUCUGCCAAAUAAUCCAGUCUCGAAAAGCAAGAGCUAAAGCAAAAGCAAAAGCUAAACUGUAG